AUGGGUGUUUGGGGCACUAUCGUAUACCACUUCAGAUCAGUUCUUGGCGCAACGUUGCUGAGUACGUGCGCUCUGUACGGAGUGGUAGCAUCAGUUGUUCUCAGCUGCGUAGGCAAGAGACAUCUUGCUCAGUACACCACCGCUAGGUCCUUUUACUAUGUUAUGGGUACGUUUUUGGGCAUAGACAUCGAGGUGAUCAACCCUGAAAAUCUCGACAAGCUGCCCGCCGUUAUCAUUGCAAACCAUCAGUCUGCUCUGGACAUCUUAAUGCUGGGCAAGACGUUUCCUCCAGGAUGCACCGUGACUGCCAAGAGCUCGCUGAAGUGGGUUCCCUUUUUGGGAUGGUUCAUGAGUCUGAGCGGAACGCUGUUCUUGGAGCGUGGAAACCGUCAAAAAAGUGUCGAGACUUUGUCGAGAGCUAUCGAUAAGAUGAAGAGUAAGAAACGUGCCAUUUGGAUUUUCCCCGAGGGAACUAGAUCUCACUCUGUCAAGCCCUGUCUGCUGCCUUUCAAGAAGGGCGCCUUCCAUCUGGCCCAGCAGGGAAAAGUGCCUAUCGUGCCAAUUGUGGUGUCAAACACGAGUACCAUCAUGAACUCCAAAUACAAGAUUUUUAACCGUGGUAUCAUCACUGUGAAAGUAUUAGAUCCUAUUCCCACCACGGAUUUGAAGAAGGAAGACGUUGGUGCCUUCACCGAGAGAGUGAAGGAACUUAUGGAACGUGAAAUCGAAAACUUGGGCUACUCCAAGGCCAUCGUGGACACAGAUUUGCCUCCCGAGGCCAAGUCUGUCGUCGAGGCCUCGGUCAACGAGCCCUCUGAAACGACAAGCCCUUCCGAGUCCCUGGAUAAUUCUUCAAAAGACACUGUUGAAGAAGCCGUGGAGAUUAUCGAGGAACAAGAAGGUGGGGAAACUGACGUUGAGGUUGAAGGUGAGGCCGAACGUGAGGCUGCUGCUGCAUCCUAA